AUGAGAAGAAGAAGAAGAAGGAAAAGGAGAAGGAGAAGGAGAAGUGAAGAAAAGAAGAAUGCGCUGAAUUUCCUCCCGAAAUUAUGUCCUGAAGUAAAUGAAAAUAGCAAGAAUGAAGUUAGAAGAACUGCUGCUGCUGCUGCUGCUGCUGCUGCUACCAAUGCUACCGCUGCUACCAAUGCUACCACUGCUACCACUACUACCGCUACUACCACUACUAUCACUGCUACUACUACUAGCUUACUAAGUUUUCAUUAA